GAUACAUGUGAUACACCUUACUUUUCCCAUACUGCUAUCUUUCUUGAGGUAGAACCGGGAAUCUUUUCUCAAUUUUAAACAAUAAUAUGAAUUCCUUGUUAAGAAUUUUGAAGUUUUUUCCUCCUUAUUUCCCUUCUUUGUUGUACUUGCCGUCUUUUUUGCCUUUCUGUUUAAAAAAAGUAAUUUGUUGGUGUUUUUAUUUUAUUUGUACUUCUAUUUUUUUUUGUUAUAGAAGAACUGGAGAUGCAUCAUACGUUACUUUCAAUUUGUCCAUCUUUUCCUUCUCCCCCUGCCAAAUGUUUGAUCCUAAAUGCUCAUAAAACUAAAGGCUCAUGCCAAGCUUCCCAUCACUCCUGCACACUUUUCUAGACCCCUCAUGUCUCACACCACCCAAGAAGAUGAUGCCAAUUGUAUUUUCAUGUGUCCUUAGGAUCCCCACUUUAUCACAAAAAAAAAAACUAUAUAAUGCAAGACUCUCCUAGUCCUUUGCAUUCAUUCUCAGUUCCUACCUAAAAGUAUAACAACCUCUAUUGUUAGAAGUUUUAGCCAUGUCUGAUCAGCAGAAAGAACUCCGUGGAUCACCUCCAAAUUACGAAGCCUUGAGGCUCAUGGCAGCAGGAACACUUGGUGCUGCUUUGUUAGGCUUGUCCAGUCUUACUUUUGCAGGGACAGUUAUAUUUCUGAUCCUUGCUGCCCCAUUCCUUGUCGUGUUCAGCCCAAUUCUUGUUCCAGCUGCGAUGAUUCUCAUCUUGAGCACUGCUGGUUUCUUGUUUUCUGGUGGGAGUGGAAUAGGGGGAUUAGCUGCAAUAUUGUGGUUGUAUAGGAAAGCUCGUGGGCAACUUCCGUAUGCUGCAGACCAACUUGAUUUUGUUAGGAUGAAGGUUGCAAGCAAAGCUUGGGAUAUGAAGGAAAGAGCUAAAGAGGGUGGACAAUUUGUGCAGAACAAGGCCCAGGAGAAUACAGAAGCCUAAUUAUAUGAAAUGUUAUUAAAGUGCAAUUUGUGUUGC